AUGGGAAAUCAACAAAGCAAUCAUCAAAAUGAAAAAUCCGAAUCCACACUUUUGAAAGCUUGGUCGACACAGGACCAAACAUGCCUCAAAGAUACCUUUGACAGAAUUCAGAACAAGGAUUCUUCAAUUACAACAGAGGAGUUUAUAAAAGCGGUCAAUGCCUCAUUGCUGCCAUGCAUCGAUCGUAAUAUCGCAACUAGUAUUUCCGAAUAUAUUGGAAUAUUGGACGGAAUGAAAAAUAAGAAAAUAACUUGGAAAGACUUCUUGGAGGCAGCAAAUAAAUUACUAGGAACAGACGACCAAACAAGUCUGGAUGCAUUGUAUACCAUUUUCGAGGGCUCUCAUAACUCAUUAGAGACAUUUGUUCACCACACAAUAAAUUCUGGAAUUCCAAUUUGGUUUGAAGGCACAGGCGUUAUUAAAGCAAACGACAGCAUAUGGCAAUCCUUGGAUGAUGAUCAGCAAGUUGCAGCUCAACAACUGACGCAAUAUGUGCUUUAUGCAUCAUAUCUAGAGAAAGAGCGCAAAAGACAACAACAGCAAGAGGAUAUGUUCGACUUUGAUACAACAGAUAAAAGUGAUACCACAAAAAAGGCCGACAAAGAAACAAAUACUUGGAUCGAUAAGGUCAAGUCAUCCCCUAGUCAAGUAUCUAAAGCCGAAUUUAUCAACUGGGCUCAAAGCACUCCGACCUGGACACUUCUUCUUGAGUUGAUCUUUGAGGAAUUCUUUAUGGGGUCCAAGAAAGACGACAAUUCUGUAACAUCUCACCAGAGACGGACAAAGCACAAACUUGCUCCACUAAUUCAACGUCCAUUGACAAAACUGGUUGGAAAAAAGAAAUUUUCUCGACUCUUGACUCCUUAUGACUACUUCUUACUGUCACAAUACUUGCCCUCGAAUGCCCUUUCGUGGUCUGACUAUGAAAAGACCGAGAAUAGAGCAAUCGAAGACCUUUCUCAUCGACUGAUUUUCUCUUCACAACGCGAUGGUACUAGCUGGCAGGUGUUUGUGAAUAGAAUUGUAUCACAGGGGGCUACUAUUGUAGUGUUUAAGGCAAAGGACGGAUCGUUGUUUGGUGGCUACGCUGACGCUGCAUGGGAACAGACAACAGAUUGGACUGGACUAGCAAAUAACUUCCUCUUCCGAUUAAGAUCAGCAUCUAACGAUGAUACUGCAAUGGGAGUUUGGGAAGGUCACAAUGGUGUUAACGAUCAUUUCCAGUACUUGUGUUGGGGCACAAAAAGUCUUCCAAAUGGUAUUGGAAUGGGUGGACAGUUCGACUAUGCGGGCUUAUGGCUAAACUCUGAUUUCUUAAAUGGGCACACGCGUGGUGGGCCUUUAUGUACAACGUAUAUGAGUCCCCCGCUUGCAUCAAAAGAUACAUUCUUACUAGAGGAAGCUGAAGUUUGGCUUGUUAGACCACUUCCACAAGAAGAUGAGGAAGCUAAAGGAAGUGCUUUAGAUAGAGCGGAGGAUAUGGAGUUUUUGGAGAUGGCUGGAAAGAAACUUUACUCAAAGGAUUUAGGAAAACCCGAGAAUGCAGCUGAUGAAGAAGAAGAAGAAGAUGAUGAUGAUGAUGUCUAAUUUGCUUGCCUUAAUUUCUUAAGCAGCUGUAUAAACAAAUUCAUAAUAUUCGUAUACAUCAAUAUUAUAGUCUGAUUGUUUUCUGUUAUUAUCUUGUUCAUCCACUACAACAUACGUACUAUUUCAAAUAUUAUGAUAAAAAGAAUAAUGCAU